GCACCUUGGCGCUAAGUUAUUAUAACAUUUUCCGUAUUUUUUCGCCUACUUUUAACGUCUCCGUAUAAGUUCAAAGUGUAGCAAACAUAAAAAAGUUGGUUUAGUUGAAGGUAAACCAAACGUUGACGCUCAAUUUUUUUCAACAACUAUACCAGUUUUUCGCACACAUUACAUACAAUCCAAACACAUUAAACGGUCAAAGUCAAAAACGCGCUCACUCAUAUUUUUAAAAGUACUAACGAUAUUUUAUCAGUGUUGCGCCUUCUUUUUCCGAGUAAUAUUUAUCUAACAAUAUUUUUAUAAUAGUAAUUAAAACUGGUAAUAGUCGAAAUGAGGUUAGUUGGGUGAGCUCGGUGUAACAUCUUGCGUUGAAAAAGAAUCGGCUUUCUUCUUAGACCGGUAUUGCAGUGAAAAUGGAGAUAAUACUGUCGAUAUUGUUUUUGUUGAUGCGAUUUUUCGAUUUUUUAACGACGCCGAUAUUCAAAUAUCGAUCGAAAGGCGCGCGGAAAUUUUUGCCACCGUUAAAAAGUGAUCUGUUGAGGAUUAGUGCUACAGAGUUGGCGAAGAAAAUUCGAAAUAAGGAGAUCUCCAGUGAAGAAAUAUGUCAGGUUUAUAUCGAUAGAAUAAAAGAAGUCAAUCCAAUUUUGAACGCGGUUGUAGAAGAAAGAUUCAGAUAUGCAAUGAGAGAAGCUAAAAACGUAGACGGAUAUUUGAAAACCACAUCUUUGUCGAUCAGGGAAUUGGAGAAAAUAAAACCUCUUUUGGGUGUUCCAAUAACAGUCAAAGAAUGCUGUUCUGUUAAAGAUCUAAGUUUGUGCGUUGGGCUCCAAUCUAGGAAAGGAUUUAAAGCCGAAACUGACGGAGAAGCUGUAGCAAAGAUAAGAAGUAGUGGAGGAAUCGUACUUUUAGUAUCCGCUGCACCUGAAAUGGCUAUGGCUUGGGAAUGCUAUAAUCAUGUAAAUGGUUACACUAAUAAUCCCUACGAUACCACAUGUACUUCUGGAGGAUCAUCUGGAGGUGAAGGGGCACUUCUCGGUGCCUGUGCUUCACUAAUAGGUAUAGGAUCAGACAUAGCAGGUUCUGUGAGAUUACCAGCAGCUUUUAAUGGGGUUUUUGGUCACAAACCUACACCUAGAACAGUUCCUCUCAAAGGUCAUUUUCCAAUCGGACAUGAUGAGAAAUACUACGAUUUUUUAGUAAUUGGACCAUUAGUAAGAUAUGCCUGCGAUUUUAAAUUGAUCAUGAACGCAAUGUGUGGUAGCCGAAUAGGAUCAGAAUUAAAUUUAUAUGAACACGUUGACUUAAGUAAAUUAAACGUUUUCUACUUGGAAAGUCUAAAUUUUAAUGUUACGUUGCCUAGAGUGUCGAAAGAGAUACAAGCAGCUGUGAGGGACUCCGUUAGCCAUUUGAAGAGUCACUGUGGUGCAAAAGUACAUGACUAUAAAUUUGAUGAAUUCAAAAAUGUAUCUGUUGUAUGUGGAUCGUCGAUAUUUUCAUUAAAAGAUAUCCCGAACGUUUUGAAGGGGGAAAAUAGUUUAUUUAUAGUAGAAUUAACAAAGUCCCUUUUUGGAAGAUCAAAAUUUACCCAUAAUCUCAUGGUUUUCUAUUUCUUCGAACUUCUUUUUAAAUAUGUUGUUGGCGAUUACAGUCAAGAUAAUGCCAAAUUAAAAACGUUUAUAGUGGAAAAACUUAAAGAUAAUGGUGUCAUUAUUUUACCGACGUUUCACGAACCAGCGCACAAGCAUAAUCAGGCGAUUUUAAAAAAUGGAUAUGCUUACAUGAUUAUUGCUAAUGCGCUGGGUCUACCUGCUACAAGUAUACCAUGCGGAUUUGAUAAAGAUGGUAUGCCUAUUGGUGUUCAGGUAAUAGCAGCUCCAUAUCAAGACAGAUUAUGCAUAGCCGUGGCAGAGGAAUUAGAGAGGCAUUUUGGUGGAUGGAUUCCUCCUCCAGAGAACGAUUAAUUUUAAAAAAAUAAUUUAUAUUUUUAUUGAAUAAAAAAUACAUAAACACAUU